AUGGCUGACGGCGGCGGUAUCGAUCGUCGCGCGGACGAGAAAAUGGAGUUCUCGACCUCCAAGGAGGUUACUGUCCACCCGACAUUCGAGGCCAUGUCGCUCAAGGAGAAUCUCCUCCGCGGCAUCUACGCCUACGGCUACGAGUCGCCCUCGGCCGUCCAGUCCCGCGCCAUUGUCCAGAUCUGCAAGGGCCGCGACACCAUCGCCCAGGCCCAGUCCGGCACAGGCAAGACGGCCACGUUCUCCAUCUCCAUGCUCCAGGUCAUCGACACGGCCAUCCGCGAGACCCAGGCUCUCGUUCUCUCCCCCACCCGCGAGCUCGCCACCCAGAUCCAGUCCGUCGUCAUGGCGCUCGGCGACUACAUGAACGUCCAGUGCCACGCCUGCAUCGGCGGCACGAACGUCGGCGAGGAUAUCCGCAAGCUCGACUACGGCCAGCACAUCGUGUCGGGCACGCCCGGCCGCGUCGCCGACAUGAUCCGUCGGCGUCACCUCCGCACGCGCCACAUCAAGAUGCUCGUCCUCGACGAGGCCGACGAGCUGCUCAACCAGGGUUUCCGCGAGCAGAUCUACGACGUGUACCGCUACCUGCCGCCGGCGACCCAGGUCGUCGUCAUCUCCGCCACUCUGCCGUACGACGUCCUCGACAUGACGACCAAGUUUAUGACCGACCCCGUGCGCAUCCUGGUCAAGCGUGACGAGUUGACCCUCGAGGGCCUCAAGCAGUACUUCAUCGCCGUCGAGAAGGAGGACUGGAAGUUCGACACGUUGUGCGACCUCUACGACACCCUCACCAUCACACAGGCCGUCAUCUUCUGCAACACGCGGAGAAAGGUGGACUGGCUGACGGACAAGAUGCGCGAGGCCAACUUCACCGUCAGCAGCAUGCACGGCGACAUGCCGCAGAAGGAGCGCGACAGCAUCAUGCAGGACUUCCGCCAGGGCAACAGCCGCGUGCUCAUCUCGACCGACGUCUGGGCCCGCGGCAUCGACGUCCAGCAGGUCAGCCUGGUCAUCAACUACGACCUGCCCAGCAACCGUGAGAACUACAUCCACCGGAUCGGUCGUAGUGGACGUUUCGGUCGCAAGGGUGUCGCCAUCAACUUUGUUACUAGCGAGGACGUGCGCAUCCUGCGUGAUAUCGAAUUGUACUACUCCACCCAGAUCGACGAAAUGCCCAUGAACGUCGCCGAUCUCAUCUCUUGA